AUGGCACCUGCUUCCAACAUCUUACCAAAGCUAUGUGAAGAACAGCAAAAUGUGGUGGACUUGAUUCUGGGUGGACGCAAUGUCUUUUUUACCGGCUCAGCAGGCUGUGGCAAGUCCACUGUUUUAGAAGCUGUCGUCAAAGAGCUAAAAGCAAAACACACACGAGUUAGCGUCAUUGCUCCCACUGGUCGGUCUGCACUUCAAGUCCACGGCAUGUCGACUUGGUCUUACAUGGGCUGGACACCCGACUUUCACAAGUAUUCUCUGGAAAGAUUGAAAAGUGAAGGAUUUCGCAGCUAUGUCGCGGCUCGUCUAAGAAGUACUGAAGUUCUUAUCAUUGAUGAGAUUAGCAUGGUUGAGAAUCACCAUUUGGAACGCAUAAAUAUCUGCAUGAAGGCAGUUCGAUGCUGGGACUCUAAUCUCAGAGGUCCUGCUAGCGACGCUCCUGCCUUUGGAGGAGUCCAAGUGGUUGUGACAGGAGACUUCUGCCAAUUACCUCCUGUGAGACCAUUCCAGUUCUGUUUGAACUGCGGACUGGAGACAACGCUCGAUACUGACGGACUCUGGUACAAUUGUCCUGAAAACCAUGGACCGUUCAUGGACGAGGAUAAAUGGGCCUUUCAGAGUGCUGCUUGGGAAGAAGCAGGGUUUACUUGCGUCAACCUUCAAGAAAUUCAUCGUCAACAUGAUGCUUAUUUCAUCGGAAUGCUUCAGAAGUGUCGGUUUGGAAUACCAUUCACAACGGACGAGAUUACAACGUUGAUGAAUCAUCCCCACAAGGUUGAUAAAGCCACAAAGCUCCUUUGCACAAGGCGCGAGGUUGCCAAAAUCAAUUCGAAUAGUUUCCGGAAGCUCAAGACCCCUGUCCACAUGUACAAAGCCUUGGAUGGCUUCGAAUGCUGGCAAGAACAGCACUUGCAGUUUGACCGCUAUACCACUCGUGACGACGAUGGGCAUUUAUCAGCAUGCAAGGAUCACAGGCUAGAGCCAAGCGUUCUGUUGAGGGGAGGUAUGCUUGUUAUCUUACAAGUGAACCUUGAUAUCGAAGGCGGUCUCGUUAAUGGAAGCCAGGGUGUUAUUUGUGGCUUUGAAGAAUUCGACCUUGCGAAGUUUUUGGGUGGCAAGCACAACCGAAACGAGACACCUUCACUUAACCUAUUCAGUGGGGAACAUGAAGCGCUCAAGCGAAGACAAGUGACGGACUUCAUGAAGGUGCAGCAAAAAGCAACACGAAGACGAAUGGGACCGACUGGAAAGACCUUCUGGCCACGGGUUCUAUUCCACAAUGGAAUGAAGUGCACGAUAUAUGCCGCAUGUGUUGUCAGUGCAAUCGGCGACAAGGAGCCAUAUUCAUUCUUGCACAGAACUCAAAUUCCUCUGAUACCGGGUUGGGCAAUGAGCGUCCAUAAAAGCCAGGGUAUGACCCUAGACCGCGUUGUCAUAGAUUUGUCCAAAGCCUUUGUGGCAGGCCAAGUCUAUGUCGCUUUAUCAAGAGCAACAGGACUCGAAGGUCUCAGGAUCGACGGCGAUAGAGAAGCACUCACGUCAUUGUUUGAAGGCGACAGGUCUGUGCAGGAGUUUUUGCAGAAUAAAUUCGGGGUGAAGCCUUUGCCUAAGUACUACUGA